AUGUCGUCGCCAUCGUCGUCGAGUCCCGCCUCCUCCGCCUCCUCCGCAUCCUCUCCGCCCGCCCCGUUCGCCGCUCCUGGCCGCCCCCGUGCCAUCCCCAGAUCCCAUGCGAGUUCCGAGAGCUUGAGCGUCCCGCAUCCCGACGCGCCGACUGAUAGGCGGAUGGAACGAAGACGGUCGACUCUUUCGUCGGGCUCGGAUCGGAAGAGAAGGUUGGUGAGCCUUGAGGGGGAUGGCUGGGCGCACCGGGCGCGGUCCGCGGCGAUGAUGGAAGCAGGACCGAGUAGUCGGCCUGCAGCUGCGGUGGAUAGCAGGUCUAUCCCCGAGGCAUCGUCGAUGAGAGCUGGUGCUGGCGCUGGCGCUGGCGCGGCGAUUCCUGGUUCGUCUUUUGCAGCGCCCAUUGAUCUCUCUUCUUCACCGCCACAGCAACAACAACAACAACAACAGCUGCAGCUGCAGGUCCCUGCGCCAACGCGACCGCAUAAUACCCACCGGAGCUCGUGGUCGCAGAACGCAAUCGGGUAUAUGGAGUAUACACGGCCGCGCUGGCAACCGGAUUCGGAGGUGACGAAUUGCCCCAUCUGCGGGGCGGCGUUCAGUUUCUGGUAUAGGAAGCAUCACUGCCGGAAGUGUGGGCGGGUGGUGUGUGCGUCUUGCUCGCCGCACCGGAUCACGAUUCCGAGGCAGUUUAUCGUUCGUCCUCCGGAUUCGAACCGGAUACCUGCAGCGGCGCUCGUACCUGCGCGAGUUACGCAGGUCGUCGGCCUGGACGAUGAUGGCGCCGCACCAACGCCUGCUGCUUUCAACCCGGCGCUUGGCGGUGGAGAGGAGGUCCGACUCUGCAAUCCCUGUGUGCCUGACCCCAAUCCUGAGCCGCCUCGGGCUUAUCCUGCCGUGCGAGGAAGCGGUGACCCUGGUACGGGUUGGGGUGUGGCCCCGCCGAAUCAACCCCGACGCCGGUCCUAUCAUUCGUUGUCGACGCCUCUGAGGCAGUUUUCGUAUGACGCAUUUACGGGGCCUCCGCCCUCUCGAUUGAAUCGGAGGUCGACAAGCUCGAGCGAGUACCAGAGCUUUGGCGGGCCGUUUGGAGGGGCCCUCCCCUCCAGUCUGCAGGAGAGACCGAUGCGAUACGGAUCCUUGUCCUCGUCGCACACCUCCACCUCGCAGGUCAGCUCGUCGGCACGUCCCUACCUAGGCUACUUUCCUGCACACCGACACCUGCCCUCCCUGACUACCGAAGGGGGCCCGGAGAGGUCCAUCAGCACCAGUGGGAUCAAUCAGGUCUCCCACCGGCGUAACUCCCGUGGAUUCCGGCGCCAAAUUCCCGAGAGGGACAUGUGUCCCAUCUGCAACGAGGAGCUUCCGCCGCUCGGCGAGAACGGCAACGAGGAUGCUCGGGAAGCGCAUAUCCGCGACUGCAUCGAGAGUCACGGACACGGACACGGCCGGCGGUCGUCAUCGCGGGGUCAUAGCCCCGUCUCUGCGCCUGCUGUCCCGGUGCGCAUGCUCGCCUUCACCGCGACGGAGAAGGAUUGUCUUGGCCACGAUGGCACGGUGCAGGAGUGUACGAUCUGCAUGGAGGACUACGAAGUCGGCCAGGCGCUGGUCCGGCUGGAGUGUCUGUGCAAGUUCCACAAGCGGUGCAUCGUCGAGUGGUUCGAGCGCAAGAAGGAGUGUCCUGUGCACAAGGUGUCUUGA